CCCAUGUCGAACUGGUACUUUUGCGAAUUCUACUGGAUCUAGCAAAUGCACAUUAUGUCCAAUUGGCACUUUUGCGAAUUUUUCCGGGUCUGACGGAUGCACAUGGUGUCAAACUGGUACAUAUGCAAGUUAUACUGGAGCUAGUAUAUGUCUAUCGUGUCCGUUGGGUUCUUAUUCUGAUAAAGCUGGCUCUCAGAAGUGCAGUCGAUGUCCUUCAAGAAAGACCACAGAUUCAGAUGGGGCUACAACCAAAGAUGACUGCAGUGGUGAGUUACACUUUAUUUACGUCCAUAUAUCGUUAAAUGAGGUUUGAUUCAAUCGACUACCGCGGUACCGUUACCAACGAGGAAUGGGUCACUCUUUCCAUCUGAGCUAUAUAUAGCUAUAGAAAUGGUAGCACGUACAAGGGGUGAUCAUUCAAUUUCGAAA